AUGUUCCGGAGUCUGACUCCGACACGCAGGCUUAUGUCAAUAUUCUACGUUACUGCUAUUGGUACCUUGGGUCUGUCUAUCUGUUUCUGGGCAAAUGAAAUUCAGCGGGGUCAUUCAGGCUCGCUGUUACUCACUGCCCCAGCACAGGUCUAUCCGCUGUACCCAAGCCUCCUUGCAAACCAUCAUGAUGCCCCUCCAUCAACGGUGGAAUUCUUCAGCCUUAUACUGGGUACCUUUUGUAUUGGUGCUGCUUCGGCUAUGGCAUCUAUCAUUUCCUCGGAAUUUGUCUAUCUGAUCAAUAAUGACGGCAAUCCUUACGGAAUUUCUGCUAGCCAUAACGAUUAUUUGUCCAAGUUAUCUUGGGCUGCCACAUCUAUCCAAUUGAUGGUAGUUAUUGAAACAACUAUCUUGAUUCUCAGGCACAAGAUUGGCUAUCUAAUGCGUGAGGAGACUCAUUCUUCAUUGCCAGGUCACCAACCAUAA